UGACCACAAUCAUUUACGUUCUCUGUCAACAAGAAUUUUUUCAUGGACUAUCCAGGACACUUCACCUAAAAUAAAUAGAAAAAUGAUUCUGCUAUUAAAAAAAGCUACUCUUCUGUUAGUAACAACAAUUACAAUGUGUGCUACUUCAUCUUUCCAGGAUUUUGUUUCAGACUGCUGGACAUUGCCUGAAUAUUGCCAGGCUAAUCUCACAGCAGAGUGUGCAACAGACUACCUUGAUAAUGUUAAGAACUGCAUACAAAAAGAAUUAUCUAAGGCAGACUUGGAACGUUAUCUAAACACAAUAAUGUCUCUUGCAACAAAUGUGACGAAGGGCACUGCUGACCACAAUAAUCUAAACUCCUUUGGAAAAGCUGUGUUGGAUGUAAAUAAACAACUCGUGUCCGUAGACCUGAUGAAAACAGACAACAACAUCAAAAUCAUUGCCCAGAAUUUAGAGGUUCAAGUGUUUAUGAUUGGAUCUAAAUCAAACGUGUAUUAUAGCCCCAAACUCAAUUAUGUAUCUGCAGAUGUCAACCUCACACAGCUUCCGCAGAUGAACGCCGUUUCAGUUUCAAGAUCAGUUGCGGUGGCCCUCAUGAGCUACACCAACGUGACAGACCUCCUUAAACCCAGCUUCUUCAACACAGUUACCAGCGCAACGAAUACCACCAUUAUGUCCGCCGUUGUGUCAGCAGUACUUCCCAUAACCACCAAUAAAGGCCUCACCAUACCAGUCGACUUCACACUCACACACAUCACACCAUUAGACCCUGAGGCCUUUCUCUCCUGUAUGGACUGGGAGACGAACACAUGGGACACGUGUUCCCUCACACAUACCAAUAGUACAAUGACUGUGUGCUCUUGUAAUCGCCUGACUACAUUAGCCCUCAUCAGUCAGACUGACCCAUGCAGGUUUAAUUUGACAGUGCAGUGUGCAAUGGCCUUCCUGAACCAAAGGCAGUAUAACAUAGCUCAAGACUUACCACAGGAGACUGUGGAAAGAUAUCUGAACACAAUAAUGAAUCUAACAGCUGGUGUUAUGAACAAAUACGAGCAAAACUCUUACGGAAAUGUUUUGAUGGAUGUCACUGAGAAACUUGUGUCUGCACUGGUGAAGAAAACAGAUAACUACGAUUCCACAAACAUCACUCUCCAUAAUUUAGAGGUUCGAGUUUUCAUGGUCGGACCCCGUGUCAGCUUGACCAAAACCCCUACACUUAUCACCAGCAGUGCCACUAUGGAUAUCAAUCUCACUGAGAUUUCAAAGAAAAACGAAGGGUCAGCUGCUGUGGCCUUCAUGAGCUACACCAAUAUGGCAGACAUCCUAGGACCUAAAUUCAACACAUUUACAAACACAAAUAAAACUGUGAUGUCCAUGGUUGUGUCUGCAACACUUCCCAAAACCACCAACACGGAGCUCACUGAACCCGUCAACUUCACUUUGAAACACAUCAAAGAGUUAGCUCCUGAAAACAUUCUCACCUGUAUGAACUGGCAUGAAAACACAUGGAAAGCAAAUGACUGUAAUGUCAUAGAGACCAACAGCAGUCAUACUGUAUGCUCAUGCAGUCGCCUGGGUACCAUCAUGCUCAUCAUGCAGACUGAUCCAUGCAUUGGUUCUUUGACAGGACUAUGCGCAAAGAACUUCCUGCUUCAAAUUCCUGCCAACAUACCUGAAGAAUUACCAGAAAAGAUUGUGAAAAACUAUUUGAGCAUCAUGAUGAAUCUUACGACUCGUGUGUUAGUCAGUGUUCCUGACCAAAAAUAUCUAAUGUCCUAUGGAGAUUAUCUAUUGAAUAUAACCGCGCAACUGGUGUCUACGCUGGUGAGGAAAAGAGACACCUACAGCAACAUCAGCAUGUCUCUCCAAAAUUUUGAUGUUCAAGUAUUUAUGGUGUUUGGACUCAAUGUCUCCUCGAGUGAAAUUCCUCAAUUUAGUAUUAGAAACACUUCUAUGGAUAUUGAUCUUGUCGGAAUUUCAAAGAACAACAAUGGAUCAACUGCAGUGGCCUUCAUGAGUUACACCAACAUGACAAACAUCCUCAAACCUACCCUCUUUAAGACAAAUACAAACACAAGUAAAACCAUGAUGUCCACUGUGGUAUCAGCUUUGCUUCCCAAAACCACCAACACAAGCCUCAACAAGCCAGUCAACUUUACCUUCAAACACAUCAGUGACUUAGACCCUGAAGGCAUUCUCUCCUGUGUGUGCUGGAAGAAUGAAGCAUGGCUUGUAGAAGGUUGUAGAAUUAUACAGACUAACAGUUCUCACACCGUGUGCUCUUGUGAUCGCCUGGCUACCUUUGCUCUCAUCAUGCAGACUGACCCGUGCAGGAGUGACCGUCUCAUGAACAUGCUCAUAGCAGUGGCUAUAAUAGUGGGACUCGUAUUCCUCAGCUUGUCCAUACUGACAUUCAGCUUUUAUUCUCGGAACCCAGUGACCAACGCAGCUCUGAUAAACCUGUGCAUAAACCUUCUGCUGUUUCACCUUCUCAGUCUGAUCAAAACUCUUUUCCUGGCCCAAAUACAUGCCCUGCCACUGCGUGCAGCUCUGGCUGGUGUCCAGUGGUUCUUUUUAAUGUCUGUUUUUGUAUGGAUGUUCAUUGAAGCUGUGCUGCUCUACAUCUUUGUGAAGAACCUGUCAGAUAUCAGAUCAAACCCGGAGGAGGUGUUUAGCUGGAGAUGGCUAACUGUGAUUGGAUACCUUGUUCCUCUGGGAGUUCUGGGCAUGUCUAGUGUAAGCUUUCCUGAGGGUUACAUCGAUGAAGAAUGCUGGGAAAAUGAGGACAAAAGUGUGAUCUUUAUUUUUGCAGGUCCUGUUCUUUUCACUGUUACAGUAAACCUGAUCGCUUACCUUCUCAUCAUCAUCAUCAUCGUGAUCUUCACUGUUAAACACCUGAAGGACGAAGUCUUACAAAUGAGUAACACCUCUUAUAGGAAUCUCUUAAUGUGUCUGAUGUUUAGAAGCCUGACCCAGUUUAUCGUUCUCGUGUGCUACUGGAUACUCCUGUACAUCCCCAGCAAGGACGGGGUUUUAUACCACGCCUUCCAGUUGCUCAACUCCCAGCAGGGCACGCUCAUCUUCCUCGUCCACUGCCUUCUCAACCAAGAGAUCAGGCAGAAGUACAGAAAGGUUCUGUGUGCUUUCUGUCUCACCAACAAUCCAGUAACAACCUCCCGGAGUGUCAGGGGACAACCUGAAGCUUCACAGAACAACUGAUAAAAUGUUACGUUAAUAAUAUAUCUUGUGAGGAAUGAUGCUACACUUAUCUUGUUAGUAAAUGGGAUAUUUUAUUAUACAUGAAUCUUAAUUAAAGAAUGAAAUAGUUGUAUUUUUCUAUAACAGCGUGCCCCAGACAAUUUCGACCAGUAAUUGUAUUGCGAGACGUUACACUUUUUUUUCUCUUCCACUUAUAGCUAUAAGGUUCUUCAACAUUUAAUGUUGAAGAACCUCCUCAAAACAAGUUAGAUCAGGGUCCUUAACCUUUUGGGCAAAUGGCCAUGAAUAAUAGAUAUCAUGAAUUUUCUUAAACAGCGUUUUUGUUCCAAUGUAUACAAGCUAUAUAAAGGAAUAACAAGUAAAAAAAAAAAAAAAAGUAAAAAAUAAACAUUUCUUUGUCAUUAUGAUUCAAUUUGUUUGUUUUCUUAUAGUAGAAAUAUCAACAUUAUACAUAUUUUUGGAAGUAAGUUUUCUCCAAAAUUAGAUGCAGAAAAAAAAUAAAAGAGCUGAAAGCCACUUAUAGAAUGAAGAGUGUAUUUUAUUUUAUUUUAUGUUAUUUAUUUAUUUUCUUACUGCAUUUGUAUUAUUUCUCUUGGGUAUUUUACAUAAAGGGAAUUUUGUACUUCUUGGUUUACCUUUUUAAAGAGUUUAUUUGAUCCUUUUUGUAGUAAAAGGCCUAUACCAUCUAGACAUAAGUCAUAUUCUUGUCAUAUAGUCAUAUACUGUAUAAGUAUACUGUAUUUAUUUUAAGAAUGUAAAUAGGGGAUUAUAAAAAUGUCACACAACCCAUCCAUUUGAAGAUGUUUAAUGUUUGAAGAAUUAUACUUCAUA